AUGGCAGCGACAGUCGUGUUGAGAAUAUGCAGUAGUAGUACAAAGGUUAGGACAUGGAAAAGAUGUUGGAAGCAGAUAAAGGAGCAGAGAGCUCGUCUUUACAUCAUCUGGAAAUGUGCUGUCUUUCUACUCUCCUCCAAUGAUACGGUGAUUUCAUACGGAAAGCCAACUAUAAUGUAA